UUUGUCGCUUUAUAUUUCUUUUUUCUCUCACUGUCCCGAUCCCAGUCUUUUUUUGAUAAAAAUUAAUUAUCUUUGAUGCCCAUUUUCUCAAAUCUUGAUUUGAAGAAGGCCAAAAUUUAUACUUGUACAGAAUUUUGUAGAUAUGGGAUCUUUUGUGGGACAUGUUAUUCCAGGGACACUGUUUCUUGUAGUCGGGGUAUGGCAUAUAUGGUGCACCAUGGUUCGCUAUGCAACAAACCCGAACACAUUCCGUGUUAAAGUUUGGAACCCGGUUCCAGGUUUUAAUGGGAAAUUGAAGUAUUUGGAGCUUUAUGUUAUUGUUUGUGGAACUUUUUUUGAUAUGUGUGUAGAGCUUUUGGAUUCGAUUUACAUUAAGUUCUUUGUUAAUGACCCCUUGAAAACAUAUCAUAUGAAUGAAUUUGAACAUGUUGGAAUGUUGUUGAUGUUCUUUCUUUUCAGUAUCAUUGCUGUGCUCUCUGAAAAAACCAGCUUCCUCCCCUUACCCGAAGGCGCCCUAUGCUUAUUAUCAGCAGCAGCAUUCUGUGCAGAGUACCUCUUAUUCUAUUUCCAUUCAACAACACACCAAGGGCUAGAGGGUCAUUACCAUCUUCUUCUUGUUUUACUGGUAGCUCUUUGCAUAUUAUCCGUAGUAGUCGGGGCUAUAAUGCCCACAAGUUUCCCAGCUGAUUUGUGCAGUGGUGUUGCUAUGGCCCUUCAAGGUCUAUGGUUCUAUCAAACUGCGUUCAGCCUCUAUGGGCCCUCUAUGCCAACUGGCUGUAAAUUUGAAGCGGAUGAAAUUACGUGUUCUUCUCAUGAACACGAGGUUCAUGGACAGUUGUUAGCUAAUGUACAAAUGUUUGGGCUUGUUUUCUUGGUUUUUAUUGGUGUUGUGGGGGCUUAUAUUUGUGCAGAUCAACAAUCCAGAAAGGGCAAGUAUGGAAUGGUUCAGCAGAAACCACUUGAUGGAUUCUAAGUGCAGUUAUAAAAGGUUUUGUUGUAAAGUUUAGAUUUUUAUUUUUUUGAAGUAGCAGAGUACUUGCGUAAGAUCUUUAUUUGAUUUGAAUUUCUCAUUUUGUAUUUUUCAGUAACUUUUCUUGUUGAAAUUUUAAAUUGAUUUAAUGAA